AUGAGUUCGUGCCUGGUCCAUCUUUUUUGUCAGACCGACCUUUUUUCGUUUCUAGAACGUCGAAGCGUAGCCUGCAACUUCCCCGGAACUUUACGUCUUCAUUCGUCUCAAAACGUCUCGAAUCUUUGCCUUCUGGUCAACCCGCACUGCACCCCAGAGAUCAGUGUCUUUUGUAUGGGGCUUUUGGUUGCAGAGGCUGUUUAA